GUAACUUUCCCACAUCUGCGCAUUGUAGUAAAGAUGAGAGGUAUUGGAGCGCCCUUUACGUGUUUUAACAGUGCUGAAUCCGUACCAAAAAUCUCGAAGAAUUUUUCCUCAGUGUUCUGCUACAGUAAAUACUAAAUGCUCUUUGGACCUAAAUCGUCAUAGAAUUAGGUUGCGUAAAAAAAUCUUUUUUUUUUUGCUCGGUUAGAACGGCCUGGCCGUAUCAAGACUUAUUUUACCACGUAGCAGCAUAGUCAGUCCAUGCUACGGGGAGACGGUCCGGAUGGUAUUUGAACCCGGUCCCUGCCGUGUGGACGGGCGCCGUUUUUCACAUGCACCACCGGGCCGCCCCUAACGUAAAAAAAAAUCUGUAACGGUAUAAUUUUACACAUGAUAUAUUAUGGUUAUUUGUUAAACAUAUUUGCAUUAGGUUAAUUUUUUUCCUAAGACUAUAAUAGUAUUAGUAGUAAUAGAUAUUAUUAUAACUAGUUUGUUAAUCUUUACGAAACAAUGCAUUGAAUUAGCUACAUGACUCCACACAUAAUCUAAAUCAAUAUAAAAGCGCUGUCCGACGAUUAUUUGACGGUCGACAUCGUCUUUUGGAACACAUGAACCACGAAUAGCUUGUGGUACAAAAACAAAUCCGGCUCAUCUUGGUGAAUUUCUUCAAGGUUUCAUUUGUGAAUGGGUAUUCUACCAUGAACAGCUCGUAGCUUUAUUUUCUCUCUUUUAGCAUUCGCUUACUUUACCGAACAUCCCUAGAGCGGACUCUCAAACAAGCACUCACUAUGUUCAUCACCGUUUCCCGUCUCUCGAUUCAUCGGCCGAGUUCGCGUUCGUCGCUGAUCCAUCGUUCAAUUCUUUCUCGAUCGUCGUCUCGUGUGGACGGCUCUCUAAAGUAUCGUCUGUCCGUUCGGAACUUGCCGUGCAGGUAAAAACUGUGGUGAAUCAACAGUUUGUGCACCUUGCACCCCAGAUACCUGUCUGACGACGCCACUCAUCAUCGCCUCUGUUCAACCGAAACCAUAGCUACCGGCAUACCGAUACGUUGUCUUUUGGAACAUAAACGGGUCGCAUUCCUAGCACUACUGCCAGCUGCUGAUCCACAUGCUAGAGAACAUAAGAAUUUCUAGCUACAAAGUGUUCUAAAGUCCUUUUCCAAGAAGUUUACCUCAGGCGCAGAUGUUUGUGAGUGAUUUUUUUGUUGUGCUACCUGUAUCAAUGAAGUAAACAUACAGUACAUGGAUCCUUCUACAACAGGACGGCAUACAGUGAAUGUGGAAAGGAAAGAAAACGAUUGAAUUGAUUAAAGCGGAACUAAAGCUGCAUAGCACAUUCGAGAGAAGAAAAAUCGCAUCCCAGCAAUCGUUGGAAAACUUGGUCGGUCAAAAUAGUUGCAUCUGACAACGAUUACCGCUGACAGCGAAAUUCUUUAAACGCACUCCUUCUUCCUUCCGAACCAGGGUAAUUGACCCGGCAUUGUGCUGACAGCAAGAAACCGAAGCGUAUGCGAAGAUCUUGCUUCAGGUCCACAAUCUUCCUGCUCAGUGCGUGUGUUUGUGUACAUGUGCGCAAGCGUAUAAGUGUGUGCUGUUUCCCGUGCGAGAAGAAAGAUCGCGCGUGCGCGCACGAGAACGUUAACCAGCUCCGGCUUUAAUUGGCCAAUGUGUAUUGCUGAAAUUGUACGCAGAAACUACCCGAUCCUUGCCAUCUUCCUUUAGCAUCGUUCGCGAUAGUUUCGUUCAAGCAGCUUCCACGAGUGCGUAUCGCAAGCGGUAACAGCAUCAACAGGCACCAGCAACAGCAGCAGCAGCAGCAGCAGCAACAUCAACAUGGAACAGCGGUGGAUUUGCUAUUUGGCACAAUUGAUUACGCUAUUGCUUUUGCCCGCGUACGGUCCACAGUUCGCUCACAGUAGCUCUUCAGCCCGAGCGCACACCCUUUGGUCGGACGGACCAUCGACGGCUGGAACAAGUGUGGAAAAGUGUUCUUCCAGUGGUAACCUCAAGUAUUUGUCUGGGGAUGCACUCACAGACAGCCCUAACUGUCUUGGACCUAACAACGCUCCGUACCCGGCGAAUCUGGUGGCACGAACGUUUUCCAACUGGACACCGGGCGGUUCGUCGCGUCGCGGUCGUAUGAGUCAGUUGCCGACGCUUGAUCCCAAGCUGACGCAACGCGCCCUUCUGCAGGCCUACGGUGAUGCAAAUGAAGCGGCCACACUCGAGAGUGCUCACACGAGAUACAGUCGCUCGCUGGACAGUAGCCAAUGCCGGGAUACGCCGUCACGCCUCUGCAAAACACGCUACAACACCACGGCACCGAUGUACGGCGUCAGCUUAACUUCCGGCCAGCCGGUCACGAUCGUGCAGAAGUUUCCCGAUCUGCUGCAGCAGGUUGUCUUCGAAGUUUGCGAAUCUUCCGAAUGUGAUGUGGUGCGGGGCGAAUGUACGCAAACCUACGUUCCCUACCUGUUUCUGGUGAUCCCGCUUGGUCCGGUAACGCUCACCGGACAGGAUUAUGUGCUGGUCGAGAGUGGCUGCGUCUGCAAACCGAAGUACGCGACCGAAAAACCGCGCGAAACAGGUGGCAAUUUUAUCCCGUAAAAAUCAGCGAUCGAAAACGUACGAUCAUGCGAGGAGAAGGAUGCUAGCAUGCAUAUUGAAAAUUGGAAUUGUAAUGUAAUUUGAAAGAACAAAGUAAACCCGUUUGUAGGAGGGCAUUUUGCGCAGUUGAGAAAAAUGUGAUUGAAACACGGACAGUGGAAGAUAAAUGCUACCGGGUUGAUAAUGUGUGGUGAUCUGGCUGUUAACACCGUGCGACACUAAAUAGGCAUUUGACUUUAAAUUAUUCGACAACUUUGUUUUUCGCCGUUCCACCGACAGUCGGUAGAAGUUCUGUUGGUUUACAGUACAAUGGCUUCGGUACCGGUCCGGAUGGAAUGGGAAUAUAUAGAGAUGGACCAAUAGGCUGCGGAACGCAUCGUAGGAGCUAGGGACGGUUUAAUGUGAGUUAUCUGAAGUUCGUUCUUGCGACGACUAUCAUCAACUAUAGGAAUAGGGAACAACAAGCCGUGUGUGAGGGCGCAUUUAGCAUACUUUUGUAAAUACAAAUACAUAUUUCUAUGCGAUUUAACAAA